AAUUAAUGAACAGCUGAUUGUGGUCAAAGUGACAUUUUGCAAAAACAAUUGACAUUUCAUUUGUUCUCACCAGUAAUUGGGAGCGAGUUUCAGUUUAUUUGUGUUUGGAAAAGUAAUGCAAAUUUAAAUUGCCGAAAAUGCGCUAAAAAAUGCAAUUGCAAUAGAGUGUAUGACCGAUAAAAAGGCUGAGGACGACCAAAGCAAAACAAACAAAUAAGAAAAUUUCCAGUUCGCAGCGGUAUCCAUGCAAAGGCUAUACACAUCAGAUUGUAGUAACGAUGUCGGUGAACUCACAACGUAAAGCAGUUGCUACGGCAAUGGAGAAUUCGACCGGUGAAGGACCUUCCCUUGAAAAACCUAAUUAUGGAUUAACGACGCGUGUUGCAUUAGCUCGACUGCAUGAUGAUAUCGAAAAAUUGUUGCGUGAGCAUGAAGCCACCUACGCCAAGGAAAGCUAUUAUCGAAAACUACGUUCGGCAUUCGUAAAACCACACGAUACACCAUUGGGAUGGCCUGCAAUAACCGCUACGCUCGUUACAAUGAUUGCGCUGUUAAUUUCCGAUGCAUACCUGGCAGCGAUCUGUGUUGCGGCUAUCUUAUCAUUGGAUUUGUGCGUGGUGGUGCGGGAGAACAAUUUACGUCGCACCGAAAUCUACCGCAAGACACGUCAGGCACUCGCCGAUAUAAGACUCGCUGAACGCGAUCUAUGUGGCGAGUGGCAACCAUGCAAUUAUCCGCAUCUUUGUUGUCCAGUUUCACCUUGCGUGUCAUUGCAGUGGACAUAUCGCGAUGGUAAUAUUGUAAAUUUGCCCUGGGCGCUACUAGUGCGCGGCGAUCACAUUGUACUCCGACCGGGUCACAUAACACCCGGUCCAUGUACAGAAGUGAAUGGCAAGCGCACAUUUGAAAUGCACGAAAUAUAUGGUCCAACACAGGUGAAUGAUCCGCCAGUGCGUCCAUUAGCGCGUGCACCACUACCCGAUUUGGUAUGCACUUUACAGACGACUCCGUUUCUGGACAAUUUGCGUGUCAUUUUGGAAAACUCUUUGAAACGUCCAUCGACAAUUUACAAUCAGCAGCGUUAUUUGCUGGUGACAAAGUACAUACAACAAUGGGGUUUCAUAUGUGCGCUUUUUUUCACACUGUUCGCCGGUCUCUUGCGCAUACAUGGCUUAAGCACCUCACCCAACGCUGGCACACAUCCCGACGAACAACAUUAUUGGAAAUAUGUUUUCCUUGAAACACCAGCGGCCGCUGUGAUUCCAUUACUGCCACUCAUCUUCCCCAUUAUGUGGAUAUCUAUGAACUUGUGGGGUGUGGCACGAUUACAAUACUUUCUCAAAAUACCACAAGUACUUAUCACAAAAGAUUCAGAGAAAUCCUUCGAAGAAGACUUAGACACACCCACAUUCGAUUAUGAUAACAUCUCGCUGUUGCGUUCAAAUGUCUUUCGCAAUUGGUGGCAACUAUGGAAUGGUGAUAGUGAAUUACUACCACGUUCAUCGAAUUUAGUGCAAGUGUUGGGUUCAAUAACCGCACUUUGUUGUAUAGACAAGAAAGGUAUACUGUCGUGGCCAAAUCCCACUGCUGAAAAGGUUUUCUUCUUACAUGAUAGCGACGAUGAGCACUUGGACGACCGCAGCACAAGUUGCUCAACGCUAAAUACCGAAAGCAAUCGCACUAGUCAAGCGGAGAGUAAAGAUGGUGGUAUUGUAGCAGAAGUGCUCGAUCUAACACACGAUCAACAUUGUCCAUUUCGGCUGGAAUUCGAUGAUCACGAAUGGAAGACUCAUAUCAAAUCACUUAAACCGUUGGGUCUCGCCAUACUCCUAAACACUUGCUCGCCGCUGACGCACGCACAUUAUGCGCAAUUUUGUGGACAUGUCACGGCUGUGGCGAUGUUGGAUAAAGAUUUAGUGCCUGUGACAAAUCGGUAUGCCAACGUUGACUCCAGUUUGACUAGCUUUUUGCAUGGACGUUGCCUCUGCGAAUUGGCGAAACAAAUCGGUUUUACCGAUCAUGCCACAGAUCGUUUCUCGCUGGAGGGUCAACUGGCUUCGUAUAGGCAUUUGCAACCGGAAGUGGUGCGUCGCGAUAUACGCUUUGCGCGCCAACUGCAACUCUCGUCCAAGGUGAAAGUACCCUUUCCACACUCGCUGUCGGUGGUUAUGCGCGAGAAUCCUGGAGGUUAUCUUUCCCUCUUCACCCAAGGCACCGCCGACAUUAUAAUGGAUUUCUGUGAUGAUUUUUGGGAUGGCAAAGAUCUGCGUCCACUCUCGGCACAGGAUCGUAAGAAAGCGCUCGAUUUCUAUCAACGCAGCGCACUCACCGCCUACUGCACGGCGUUCUCUUAUCGCCCCCUGCGCCAUGGCAUUCAUGGCGCACUCAGCGGCGUACAGCGUACCGGCGGCCCAAUUGCUUACCUCGAAUUGCCGCCGGAGUCGAAAAUACGCAUGCAGCAUGUCGAUCGCGCUCAUUGCGAUUUUGAGAACACCGGCCAUGCACACAACAAAUUGAGUCACAGCAUCAGCACGGACUCUUUGCUCUUCAGCGAGUGCAAAGACGAUGAUAUCAACGAUGUGGAUGGUUGUUUCGAAAUGCAAUGCCAUCAGGUAUUCAUCGGUAUGGUAACGAUGCAGUAUCAGGCGCAGACGGAUAUUGUACAGCUGGUGGAGCGUUUGGAGCGCGCUUGCAUACGUUUCGUGCAUUUCAGCAAGGAGAAUGAGUUGCGCUCACGUGUGUUCUCGGAGAAGAUGGGUCUGGAGUCCGGUUGGAAUUGUCACAUAUCGCUAUUGAAUGAGGCCGACGAUAAGGCUUCGGUGCAUACGGAUAAGGCCAACACGAGUGGUACGUCAGCGAAUUCGAAAAAUGCAGCGGCACAAAUGGCCGCGCGCACGGGUAACAAGAAUACGCAGACAAGCGCUGCGAGCAACAUCAACAUUGUCGAGUCCGCUCAUGAUCAUCCAAAAGUCAUCAGUACAGUCAUCAAUAGAAACAGCAACAACACUGCCACAAGCACCAUCAACUCAGCCAACACCAAUAAUAUUUCAUUGUCUCAUAAUGUUGAAAUCAUAAAUCAGUGCACCCCAACCAUAAGCAAUCCGACAAACAACCAAAACAACAACAAUUGUAGUAGUAGUAUUAGUAGCACGCAUCCCGCACAAUCACAAAUCAAGCACCUAAAUACUUCGAAUAUUACAGGCGGUGCAGGCGGCACCGAUCACGCUGGUGAUGACGAGGGCAACGACUUGCAUCAUCUGCUACCGCCACCAAAUCUUGAGGCUUCCAAGACGUUGAGCUCAUCAGCGCCCGGCGCAAUCUCCAAUCCCGACGACUACCACCCGGUGCUGCUGAGCUCCACGCCACCAUCGCGUCGCAGCAGCGCCAGUUGUGGUGAAGGUAAUGGUAAAGAGGAGUCGCUGCACAUGUUGGAUGGCGCUAGAGACACUGAAAAAAUGGUUGCAGGCGCUGUUGCAGAUGAGCAUCGUCAGUCGGAGGAUUCGGCGAUGGAUGAAAACUGUCGUUCAAUGAGCAUAAUUACCGAGAGCACGGAACAGAGCGCACCCGUGCACUUCGACAUGUCGAAUCGCGCCAAACUGCCGCGUGGCAUAGAGAAUAUACGUCCACAUUUGGAGCAGGUGGACAAUGUGCCAUUGCAAGUGUCACUUUUCACAGACUGUUCGCCCGAGGCGACCCGCCAAAUGCUUGACAUCAUGCAAUCGUAUGGUGAAAUUGUUGUUUGCCUCGGCUCAUCGGCGAGCAAUUCAAAUGCGAGAAUUUUUUUGCAAGCCGAUUGCAGUAUUGCUGUGGAGCCGCUGUAUCCGCAAGUUUGUCAAGAUAUCGGCGCUUACACAGAGAGCAAUUUGACUAAUAACAAGUUGCGCCUGUUGCGGCUGAAGAAGGACCUCAAGGGCGAGGAGAAGUAUGGCACCCAUGAGCCUUACACCACCGAAGAGCUGCUCGAAAGCGGUUUCUAUGGCAAUGAAGAGCCACAAAUGCGUCCAAUGCAAUCGGCGGGCAACACCGUCUCACCCGUCUACUUGAGUCGCCUGCUUAAUUCGCUGCCCUGCUCCAUUUCGGUAUGUCGCGAUGAGCCGCUGUCUCUAGUCGCAAUUAUCGAGCUGUCACGCCGUUUUUCUGCUGGUCUCUGGAACUGCAUACAAUAUUGGGCCUGUUGCGCCGGCACACUUUCCGUUAUCAACAUUCUUAGCGCUUGUCUCUCCUUGCCACCACUGCUGACACCGCUCAUGGUUCUCUACUUAAUGUCCAUACCAGUGCCACUGAUUGCGCUCGCCUUGGCGCACAUCGAUGUCGAUCCGAAAAUUAUGAAUCGCGCCACAGGCAAGAAGCAGACGGAAUAUGAUACGCGUGUUUUCGGUUUCGUUGUUUGGUGUUACGGCUGCAAGUUCAUUGCGCCCAUCCUGGUUAUGGUUUUCGCGUACUGCACAUUUAUGGCGCAUCCCAUCGAACUCAUUGACAUUGACGAGGAGAAAUUGCACAUCAAUCUGCAAAUGGCACGCAUCUUUUCAUUUCUCGGCAUUUUGAUGCAUUUCGUGGUGAUCUCCGCCUGUUUCGUGCAUCGCGAUCACUCGCUGUGGCAGCGCAAUCCCUUUCGCAAUCGCAUUUGGGCUUUCACUUGUGGCUGCACGCUCCUGGUGCACGCUAUCAUUUGUGCGGUGCAAAUUGCGCUGCAGGACAACUACUUCAAUGAGGCAUGCGGCGUGUGGCCGGCGAUAGUUUUUCUCUACGGUGGCAGCUUUAUCAGUUUGCUAGUGACGGAGAUAUGCAAGUGGCAGGAGAUUAAAGUUAACACGCGCUAUCAACGACGUGCGAGGCUUGAUUUUGGCACCAAAUUGGGCAUGAAUUCACCAUUUUAGGAGCAGAAAGGAGAAAAACACUUGCGACUGAAUCCUUAGGCGAUGUGUAUUUGUAUAAUAAAUAUCUAAAGAGACUAAUUUCGACAUUAAAGAAACAAAAACAAAACAAAAAUGAAAAAUCAUUAAAAAAAUAAAUGAUGCUAACUAAAUAAAUGCAUUAAAAAGACCAUUACAAUUAAUAAUAAUACAUAACAACAUGCAUACAUACAUACAUACAUACAUAUAUCAAAAAUAAACGAUAAGCAAUGCAAGACGUAGUGCCAAAGUUGCAAUAAAACUUAAUUAUACAAGGAAGAAGUGAAUUAAAAAAUCCAAAAA